GCCGCUGGAGCAGCGGCCGCUUGGGAGUCGCGCGCUGGGCGUGAGGCGGUGCUGAAGAGCCGGAGCUGAACGGAGCUCGACGCCCGGACUGUCCAGAAGGCACGCGCGGCGCGAGCCCGCACCGGAGACCCCCGAGAGCAGCCGCCGCCAACCCCAGCGCCGUUCGCGGAGCGCAACAGAUCUGGCCAUGGCUUUGUCGAUGCCGCUGAACGGGCUCAAGGAGGAGGACAAAGAGCCCAUCAUCGAGCUCUUCGUCAAGGCUGGCAGUGAUGGUGAAAGCAUAGGAAACUGUCCCUUUUCCCAGAGGCUUUUCAUGAUCCUUUGGCUCAAAGGAGUUGUUUUCAGUGUUACAACUGUUGAUCUGAAAAGGAAGCCUGCAGACUUGCAGAACUUGGCUCCAGGGACCCACCCACCAUUUAUAACUUUCAACAAUGAAGUCAAAACGGAUGUAAAUAAGAUUGAAGAAUUUCUUGAAGAAGUCUUAUGCCCUCCCAAGUACUUAAAGCUUUCACCAAAGCACCCAGAAUCAAAUACGGCUGGAAUGGAUAUCUUUGCUAAAUUCUCUGCCUAUAUCAAGAAUUCAAGGCCAGAGGCUAAUGAAGCUUUGGAGAGGGGUCUUUUGAAAACACUCCAGAAACUGGAUGAAUAUCUGAAUUCUCCCCUCCCUGAUGAAAUUGAUGAGAAUAGUAUGGAGGACAUCAAGUUUUCUACACGGAAAUUCCUAGAUGGCAACGAGAUGACACUAGCCGAUUGUAAUCUGCUGCCCAAACUGCAUAUUGUCAAGGUGGUGGCCAAAAAAUAUCGCAACUUUGAUAUUCCAAAAGGAAUGACUGGCAUCUGGAGAUACUUAACUAAUGCUUAUAGUAGAGAUGAGUUUACCAAUACCUGCCCCAGUGAUAAGGAGGUCGAAAUAGCAUAUAGCGAUGUAGCCAAAAGACUUACCAAGUAAAAUAGCACUUGUAAGAGAGAUAUCUUCUCAUCUUCCCCUAAGAACAUGGCUUUUCUUAACAGACUGCUCCUUCCUAUGAAGUCUGAAUUUUAUUUUGCAUGAUCAUGCAGUUAAUCGAGAUUAGGACAAAGGAUAGACAAGGUAUAGUAGCUGUCUUGAAAUAUACACUCCUAAGCAGUAUUAUUUCAAAUUUCUUUUACCUAUUUCGCCUCAUCUUUAUCCGCCUCUCCUAUCAUUUGGAGACACUCCAUCACAAACUUUUCACUUUAGAGGUAGUUUGCCCUCUUUGGAGCUCUCACCGCUCAGUCCAUUCCUUAUGUAUAGAUGGCAGAACUUUUUGAGGUGUAAUGUUUAACUGUUAACUGCUAAAAUAGUAGCCAUGUACUCAUCAGUUAAUCCCAAACUGGUGCAUAAUACAUGGUACAAGGAAUAUUUAUGUAUUGGGGGAAUUUUAUAUUAUUUAGUAAGAGUAUGAAACGAUCGCUACUGUAUUAAAAUCUUUUUCAACUUAGUCUGUCCUGGAUAUGUACUAAAAGGAUAUUAGGGCCAGCGGAGGAAAUCUACAGAAAGUCACAACACAUUUUGCUACUUCACUCUAUGUGGAUUUUAAUUUACUUAAAAGCAUGUAAUAAGCCUUUAAACCAAUUAGAACACUGACAUCAGAUAGCAGCUGAAAGUUUAGAGGGAGGGAUAUAUUCUUAAGAUAUAUUUUGGUAAUUUUUUUUAUACCUAGCUUGUUUAAGAAGUGCUAUUUCUUAUAGAAUGUUUUUUGAAAUUUCAAGUAUAUUGCUUUAAAAUGGCAAAGUUUUUCCCCUUUUGAUAUCUUAACUGUUAGUAAGCCCUGGCUUUAUGGAAGAAACUAGCUUGGUAUAGAAAGAUAAGAAGAGCUCCAUAUUGUAUCCACUUGGCUCAGGGAGAUUUCUUUAACUAAUCUUUCUUCUGGUCACGGUCCAGUCACGGUCCUCCCGUUGUUCAUCGAUUUGCUCGAGCGGGCCCAGUAACGUCUCCAUCAUGAGACUUGUUACUGUGUAGCUUGCCAGGCUCUGCUGUGCGGGGCGAGAUACUCUCAGUAGCUUGCCGGGCUCUCCAAGAGGGGCGGAGGAAUCGAACUCGGGUCAGCCAUGUUGGCCGCUUGUAAGGCAAACGCCCUACCACUAUGCUAUCACUCCAGCCCUAACUUCUAAGAAACUAAUCUUUCUUAGAACUUCUUUUUAUAGAUCAAACUCCCUUUUAUAAUUAAAUAUUGGAUGAUGAUUUAUUUGGCUCUAGCAAGAAGCAUUAUGAGGUUAUUGAGAAAUACUGUAACAGUUGCUUCAGUGGGUACAAAUGUCACAUCUGCACCAGUACAGUACACUGGGAGCCAUCAUUUUUUUCCCCUGCUUUUUUUCCCUGCUUUUAAAGUAGUGACAACUUGGUGUUUACUGAACCUUGCUUCAUAGUUUAAAAGAUUAAAAAAAAAAAAGAGUCAAGAGAUGUUGGCAUCUGUUCUUUCAAGUGGACUAAGUGGUACAGAGCAGAGGGUUAAUGAAAAAAAAAAGUCAUGUAGCUCAAAAUGGAGUGAUAAAAAAACCAGUCUGAAACUCGCUUGUGAAUAUUUCCCCUUUGAAUUCUCUCUCUCAAAAUUUCUUUUGUUUUCCACUUCAUCAAAAGGUUAGACUUAGCUAUCUCAGGAUAUCCUAGGAAGGCAGGUUUGUUUGAUGAUUUUGAUGAAGACAGAACUCUAUAGAAAGACAAGUCAUAGUUUUAUCAGGAAAGUCAGCCAAAUGGAAUUAAGAUUGACAAAUGGACAGAAGUGGUAAAAAGGAUGAUUCUAUGAUAGGCAUCUUCCCUCAUAAUUGGUUGCAGGAUCAUAGUUUAAAAUCUUGGGAGACUUGGGGCACAAAAGUUUUCGUGGCAGUUCAUGUAGUAUUUUGCCUUAUCACAGUCAUUCAUAUUUUAGUAAAGUUGACAUAAUUGAAAUCAUGAUAUUUUUUCAGCUACUGAAUCUUUUCCUCCCUGCUUCAUUUCUAUUCCACUUCAGUAAGGAGAUUGGAUAUUAAAUGAAAAUGCUCACUGUUUCGUGGGGGACUUUGAGAGAUUUUUGUAUUAAACAAUUGGAAAGCUCUGUUAUUUCAGUUGAUAUAACUUUUUUAUAUAGAUGUAGAUUUUCUGUACAGUUAUGUUACCUCCUUUUGAUAGGAUUUCUGACUUACAGUAAAAUGCAGAUGAUAUUUUAUUUGUUAGUAACUUUGGCUUGCAUAACUUAUCUUAAACCCUUGAGCAAUUUGUAUACAAUUGAGAGUUUCCUGACAUUUAGAAUUAGGAUUAGUUGAUUCUUCUAGAAUUUAGACAUUUUGACUUUAUUUUUGUUGAGUUUUGAAUCAAAGUUCAUGUAGAUAGCUUUUAACUCUGCAUUAAAAAAUACCCAUUUAGAAAAUAUUUACAAGGUAAAAAAAUGAGAAGAAAUGAAAAUGUAUUUUUUCAUGAUAAUUUUCAUACACAUUUCAUCAAGUUUAUUGAUUUUUUUACACUGGCUAUAAUUUGUAUUUGAUUAAAAGAGACAAAAGCGUUCAUUACUGAUGUGAACUUUUAAAAGAUUGCAUUGAUAAUUUACAGAUUAAUGUUGGUCAUCACAAUUGUAUUUUUGUCAUGAGAAGCUUUUAACUUUUCCCAAAUCCUAGUUUUGGACAGAAUUGGAGUAUUUUCUUUAGAAUUAUUUGGAAAAAAAAAACCUUUUUUUUUCUCUCUGGAACCAGUAUGUUGCUGGCAGCUGUUGUAUUAAAAAUAAAGUAUAUUUUCACUACCA